AUGGUUGCCCAUGAGAGCGUCGCAACGCCUGCGGACGACACUCCUCAGAGUCCGCACGAUCAUGCCCUCGACCAUGACAGCAACAACCAAGGCGAGAAUCAAGGCGAGAUUCUCGCCAACGCCGCGUCCCAUGGAAGCUCCAUCUGGGUCGCGCAGACAAUGUCUUUCCCGCGCGAGGCCAUCUUUGUCACCGUCGUCUGCAUGGCCCAGUUCCUCACCCAAUCCGCGUACCUGGGCACACUGGUCCUCCUCCGCCCCAUAGGCGAGUCCUUUGGCAUCACCAGCCCACCCCGUCUCGCCUGGCUCGUGGGCGGCUAUUCGCUCACCGUCGGCACGUUCAUCCUCUUCUCCGGCCGCCUGGGCGACAUCUUUGGCUACAAGCGCAUGCUCAUCCUCGGCUACGCCUGGUUCUCGCUCUGGUCCGUCGUCGCGGGUCUCAGCGUCUACUCCAACUACACCCUCGCCGUCUUUGCCCGCGUCCUCCAGGGCAUGGGGCCCGCCAUCUGCCUGCCCAACGCGCUGGCCAUCUUUGGCGCCACCUACCCGCCGGGCCACCGCAAGGCCAUGGUCUUUGCCUUCUUUGGCGCUGUCGCGCCCAUCGGUGCCGUCCUGGGCGGUGUCUUUGGGUCUCUCCUGGCCUUGGCCUGGUGGCCCUGGGCCAACUGGGCAAUGGCCAUUGUCCUUGCUGUCCUCGCCGUGAUCGCUGCCUGGGCCGUCCCGCCAUGCCCAGGGGCUCGCGUCCUCCCAACGGGGCUCAGGGCGUGGUGCGCGACGCUCGAUGUGCCGGGUGCCCUGGCGGGCGUCGUCGCGCUGGUCCUCUUCAACUUUGCGUGGACGCAGGCGCCCAUCUCUGGCUGGGGCACGGCGACGGUGCUGGUGCCCCUGGUGCUGGGUCUCGCGCUCUUUGGCGUCUUUGCCCUUGUCGAGUUCAAGCACGCUGCGCGGCCCCUGCUGCCCUUUUCGGCCGUCAACUCGGACGUGGCCUUUGUCCUGGGCGCGGUGGCGUGCGGCUGGGCGACCUUUGGCAUCUGGACGCUGUACCUGGUGCAGAUCCUGCAGAACGUGCGCGGCCUCUCGCCCCUGCUGACGGUCGCGUGGUUCAGCCCCGUCACCGUUGCGGGCGCCUGCGCGGCCAUUGUGACGGGCAAGCUGCUGGGGCCCUGGCAGGUCCGGCCCGCGCUGGUCAUGACCAUGGCCCUCGCGGCGUUCACCACGGGCGUGGCGCUGACGGCCUUUGCGCCCGUCGACCAAGUGUACUGGGGCCAGAUCUUUGUGUCGAUGCUCGUCAUGCCGUUUGGCAUGGACAUGAGCUUCCCCGCCGCGACGCUGAUCCUGUCGGACGCCGUCGGGCGGAAGCACCAGGGCAUCGGCGCGAGCCUGGUCAACACGUGCGUCAACUACGGCAUCGCGCUCGGCGUGGGCUUUGCCGGCACCGUCGACAGCCAGGUGCACGGGCCCGAGGACACCAAGGCGGGCAUGCUCAAGGGGUUCCGUGGCGGGUUGUACAUAGGCCUGGGGACGGCGGGGCUUGGGCUGGCCAUCUGCCUGGUCUUUCUGUUCAAGAAGUCACGGCCUGCUUUGAAGCGUGGGGGCGAGUCUGGGGAGAAGGCCUAA